AUGUACGCCUCUUUCCAAACCCUUUUUGGCAGACUCGGCAGACGCUUUGUCCCUCCCCCUCGAUCCAUCAAAUCUCGUAUCACGGGAGCCCUUUCUCUCCACGAUUAUCACAAGUUUCUCUCCAAGUCUGCAGACCGCAUUGGCGAUCCCGUCGAUCAUACAGGAAAGAAAUUGAAGCGAAAAGACGCUACAUUGCAUUUGAACCGCUCCUCCCCUCUUUCCAUCUCUUAUCCUGUAUCUAUAUCGUCUGUCGCCUCGAGUCCUCCGCCGCUGUCUCCUUCCUACUCCCACAGCGUCGUCUCUCAGUGGAGUGAAGAACCUGAGAUCGGGGAAGCCCAGACUGUUCAGUACCAAGCAACUCAAAGCCCUCGACUACCCGUUGUCUCGGAUCUAGGGACUCGUGCUAGACCUAAUAGGAAGCGAUUGGUCCAGAAUACCUUUCGUGAAAAGCUUCAACAAAGGGCCCAGGCUCAAGCGGAAGAAGCUGAACGCGCCUCCAAACCUCAAACGGACUCAAUGCUGGCCAGUGCGCAGGCCGCUGCCACCGUCUCACACGGUGGCGCCUGCUUUGAGAUCCUGAAUCCGCGCAAGUCGCUGGAUCUAGCACGCAUCGUCUCAUACAUUGAAGACGUCGAUAAUUGCUCCAUGGUCUCCGCAGACAACCACCGAGACUCGACUUUCUCCAUCGAGCAAGGACUGGACCGGGUGUCCCUGUCCCAAUUCACCGAUGCCUCAUUGCCAUCAUUCUACUCCACCAACUCGUUGUACACCAUCGAAGCGGAUCCCUCAACACCCAAAGUUCAGCCGACGGACAUCCCGUCGUCCUCGCCACGAAUCGGCGAACGCAUCCGGUCUCUAUCAGACUAUUCUCUCAAUGAACAGAGCUUCAACUACUGGAGCCGACCUGUACAGCGCACUGAAAACAACGAUAUACGCAUCGAAACCUAUAACGACCACCCAAGCAUCGACAGAGCGUCCCCACAAUCACCACGCAUGGCCUCUAUCUCGGAAGAAUCCAACCUCCCAAACCUAGCCUUCUCCCGUCGACCCUCAACCCCAUCCACGCAAACCUUCUACUCAGAAAGCGAGAUCGGCGAGCCGGGCUCACCCGUCUACGCAAACGGCGACUGGGCCCAAGUCGACGAGCGCGACAGAGGCAUCUUAUUCGACCUACCUGAAGACGAAACAACAUCCGACCACCACCACCACCAGCAUCAUCAUCACGACUACCCAUACCCCCAAGAACACGAAGAACCACCAACACCCCGCGAAGCCUCCCUCGAGACACCAAGUGGUUCACCCAUGUACUCCUCCUUCGACCCCGCCUACCCCUACCCAAGCUCGACCUCCACCUCCAAACUCCCACACUAUCCCGCCCCCUUCGAUCCAUACACCUACGACCCGGUGUACUUCGACCCACACGUCCAGUCGGUGCUCGCAGCCGCGAACGCAGAGACGAUGGGGUUACGGGGUAGUCCUGCACGCGCACUGGAUGAGCUGCAGAGACAAGGGCCACGCUCUGGCGAGACCAGUCCUCGAUUCGAGUUCCAGAGGAGGAAGAGUGAUGAGCGGAAGACAGGCGCGCAGAGGAAGGGGUUGAGGAAGUUCUUUAGUUGGAAGUCUGGGAAUUAG